AUGGGGCAUGCAGCUAAGCACAGAUUUUUCUUAGGGGCCACUGUUCAGCAGCAGCAGGUCCCACCAAUGAUUUGGAAAACUGAUACACCAGUGUGGGUAGAUCAGUGGCCCCUCCUGAAAGAAAAGCUGCUACAACUGCACAAACUAGUAAAUGAACAGCUGGAAGCUGGCCAUAUCAUUCCUACCACAAGUCCGUGGAACACGCCAGUUUUUGUGAUCCAAAAGAAGAAAAAUUCUUGGAGGUUAUUACAUGACCUGAGAAAAGUAAAUGAAGUCAUCGAAGACAUGGGAGCCUUGCAGCCCGGACUCCCCUCUCACACAAUGAUGCCACAAACGUGGUUUCUUAUAGUGAUUGACUUAAAGGACUGUUUUUUCACUAUACCACUUGCAUCUCAGGAUGCACCACGAUUUGUGUUCUCAGUCCCGUCUGUCAACGCCGCAGAACUGCAUAAAAGAUACCACUGGACAGUGUUACCUCAAGGCAUGAAAAAUAGUCCCACACUAUGUCAGCAAUUUGUUGCGGCCAUUUUAAGUCCAGUAAGAAAGAAUUUUGAGGGUGUUUUUAUAUAUCACUACAUAGAUGAUAUUUUAAUAGGCACAAAAGAGCAAGCACAACAAGUUCAGCAACGAAUUAUGCAAGCAGCCCUAAACGCAGGACUCAAAAUUGCAAAAGACAAAAUACAGGAAAUACCACCUUGGCAGUAUUUAGGCUGGAAAAUUUCAGAUCAACUUGUUCAACCACAACGAAUAACCUUACAAACAGACAUUAAAACUUUGAAUGAUCUCCAGAAACUGUUGGGGACCAUAAAUUGGGUCCGUCCUCUUCUGGGAAUUUCUACGGAAGAACUACACCCCCUUUUUAAACUUUUAGAAGGAGAUAUAGAUUUAACAUCUCCCAGGAAACUCACUCCCCCAGCAGAAGCUGCUCUUAACAAAGCAGUAGAAAAAUUGACCAAUCAGGCCGCCAAUAGGCAAAAACUAAAUUAUUAUCUGAUUAGUCUUUUUGGUUUUUAG